AUCUACAACCUAUGAGGCUCGAUAUUUCGGCUCUUGAACACUUCGUCUUUUAACUUUCAAGGCUCAUUCAAGACUAUCCGUUUUAGUGUUCUUUUCAUCUUAUUGGUGUUUCUUUUCUUUCCUUAGUGCGACCUUAACUGUUCAUAACUUUACACUGAUACUAUACUAUAGGCUUAGCGGCUAUAACUUACGUCUCAACUAUUUUGACAUUUACAUAUUAAUGCAUUGCAUACUUAAAUAUAAAUUUUUUUUGACAGUUUAAUAUUUCGUGAUUCAGUGAUAAUGAUGGACAUAAAAAUCGAUUUAUUUUACUCUUGAAAAACUGGACUGUCUAAGACUACAAUACAAUUCAUCAAUGAUUUGAUAAGGUCUGAGCUGUCAAAUAAUGCUGAAAAUAAUUUUAUUUGAUGGUUUACUUAAAGAUAUUAUUUUCCAAAUUGCUUAUACAGUAUUGAUUUUUGCCUUAAAAAGUGUUAUGUGUGCAAAGUGAGUUUUUAAUCUAAUGAAUCUCAGUAUUACUAACUUGAACAUCACAUCCAGAGACUUAUCUUCACACAAGCAUAUAUAUAUGUAUAUAUAUUAUAUGUAUAUACAUUAAGUUGUACAUAUGUAUUAAUGUGUGUAUAUUUGUUUUUAUCUUAUGAAUUUAAUCAACUUAUUUUGUUUGUGUUGAUUUCGAAAAUUGGUAAUAGUAAUUUUUAAAUUUGGAUAAUAGUGAUAAUUUAUUAUCACUUCUGUAAGAUUUUAAACUUUUACAAUGUAUUUGAUUCUGAACAAAAAGUGCAUAAUGAGUCUAAAUACUAUUUUAAUAACUUGAAUCAGUAAUUAAUAUUGAAAUAUUUAUGGAAAUAUAUAUAAAUUGAUUAAAAAUUUUUGUGAGUUGAACUUUCCAAUACAGUUGCAGUGUAUAUUAAUGAGAGACCAAAAUGGAAUUUUUGAUAAAAACAGUGCUCCUGUGUCCAACACCAGUGAUAUUGAAGCAGUACAUUUCUAUUUAAUUCUACAUAUUUCCUACUUCUGAAUUUUUAAAAUUGAACAAAUCAAGGAAGGAUCUUCAUUACUCAUGACACCUUACAAGAAACUUUUUCACUGUUUGUGAAAAUGAUCGAUCAGUUUUGUUUAAUAUUCACAGAACUACUUUUUACAAGAAUAUCAUAGAAAAGCCAAAUUAUUGCAUUCUAAUGAAAAGUUAAUCAGUUAACUGAUGCAAAUUUAUUUUAACCAUCUGGGAUUCGUCUAUCAUGAAAACCCAAAUUAUUAUUAUUUUUGUACAGUUUGUGUAUUCAACGCUUUUUAUACAUCUUCAUGCAGAGCAAGUGGUAUUGUUAGAUACGACAAUAGAGGGAAGCUUAAAAUGGACCAAGUUUCCUUUCGGCAAACAAGCAAAUACACCAGGAUGGGUAGAAGAAUCAUUCACUAAUUUUGACAAAGGAAUAAAUUGGAGAAGUUACGUAGUAUGUGACGUAGCUUAUAAUAAUGUUAAUAAUUGGCUAUGGACUCCGUUUAUUGAACGAGGCCCAGCUAAUCGUAUGUACAUAGAAAUUAAAUUUACAGUUCGAGACUGUUCCUUGUUUCCAGGAAAUGCUCUCAGCUGUAAAGAAACGUUUAGUUUGUUAUACUAUGAAUUCGAUGCUGCUACAAAAGAGCCUCCUCCGUGGGAACCAGAUAGCUAUAAGCUAAUCGGUCGUAUUGCUGCAAAUGAAGGUCGAUUUAAUAGUAAUACUGAAGUUAUAAUCAACACGGAAAUAAAAUCAAUACCGGUCACGAAGAAAGGAGUCUAUUUCGCUUUCAGAGAUCAAGGCGCUUGCAUUUCAUUAUUAGCAAUUAAAGUAUACUACAUUAGUUGUCCAGAAAUAUCAAUUAAUUUUGCAAGAUUUCCAGCAACACCGACAGGACGUGAAGUUGCAUUAAUUGAGCAAACACUAGGUACAUGUGUAAUAAAUGCUGUUAAGAUAGAGCAACCGACAUUUUUAUGCAAAGGUGAUGGUAAAUGGUACCUUCCCAAUGGAGGAUGUCAUUGCAAACCCGGGUAUCAAGCUGAUAUCAAAAAACAGGAAUGUAAAGAAUGUCCUAUAGGUAAAUUUAAAUAUGAACCUGGAGAUCAUAUAUGUGAAUCUUGUCCAGCUCAUAGUAAAGCACCUGAUUACGCAUUCACAGAAUGUAGAUGUGACACUGGUUAUUAUCGUGCUUCAAAAGAUCCUAAAAAUAUGCCAUGCACCCAACCUCCAUCAGCACCUCAAAAUCUUACAGUCAAUUUCGUCGAUCAAUCAACUGUAAUUCUUUCUUGGAAUGCACCGCAUAUCCUUGGUGGUCGAUUGGACACAACAUAUCGCGUUGAAUGUGACGUAUGUAACUCAGCUGUAAAAUAUAUUCCUAGCACGGAAAUAUUCAAUGACACUAAAAUUACUAUAACUGGAUUAAAUGCUGUGACAACAUAUUCAUUUAAAGUAUAUGCGGAAAAUGGCGUAUCACCAUUAGUUAAUGAUAAGGAUAAGGAUACAUUCGUAGAUAUAAAAGUCACUACGGAAGCGAGUGUACCGAGUCUCGUUAGUAAUGUAAGAAUAACAAAUAUUAAAAGUACUGAGUUGAGCAUAAGCUGGGACGCUCCAACUAAUGAUUUCAAUGGAGACAAUGACUUUGUAGAAAGAUAUGAAGCAAAAUGUUAUUCAAGAUUUGAAGAAGCCACAAAUGCCACAAUUAUUGAAACAACCGAUUUAUCUGCUACUUUUAAAGGUCUCAAACCUGCGACUGAUUAUGCUAUUCAAGUUCGAGCGAAAACAACACGAGGCUGGGGAGAAUAUACACCCAUUAUAUAUAAAAUGACUACUCGAUCAAUUGGAUUAGAUUACGUAGGCGAUGAAGAUAAUAUGCAUGUUAGAAUUAUUGCAGGAGCUAUAGUUGCCGUUGUUGUUCUUUUAGUUAUAAUAAUAAUCAUGACAGUUUUAUUCUUAAGAAGUAGAGCUUCUGAUGAAUGUGGAAAAAAACAACCCAGUGAUUGUGAUACCUUAGAAUACAGAAAUGGAGAAGGAUUAGUGGUAACAUACAUGACAACCCCACUUUUUGCUCCUGCUACAUCAGUAAAUAGUGCAGGUGGUCCAAACUCUUGCUCUAGAAGUUAUGUAGAUCCGCAUACUUAUGAAGAUCCCAAUCAAGCCGUUCGAGAAUUUGCCAGAGAAAUCGAUGCUGGAUUUAUAACUAUAGAAGCUAUAAUUGGAGGUGGUGAAUUUGGAGAUGUUUGCCGUGGGAAAUUGAAAUUACCACCAGAUGGACGUUCUGAAAUUGAUGUAGCUAUCAAAACUUUAAAGCCUGGAUCAGCAGAUAAAGCUCGGAAUGAUUUUCUGACGGAAGCAUCAAUCAUGGGUCAAUUUGAACAUCCCAAUGUUAUAUUUUUACAAGGAGUUGUGACUAAAAGCAAUCCAGUGAUGAUCAUUACUGAGUUUAUGGAAAACGGGAGCUUAGAUACUUUCUUACGAGCAAAUGAUGGUAAAUUUCAAAUUCUACAGUUAGUUGGAAUGUUGAGAGGUAUUGCUAGUGGCAUGCAAUAUUUAGCUGAAAUGAAUUAUGUACAUCGUGAUCUUGCGGCAAGAAAUGUUCUUGUCAAUGGAACCCUUGUCUGUAAAAUCGCUGAUUUUGGUCUCAGCAGAGAAAUUGAAAGUGCCAACGAAGGAGCAUACACUACAAGGGGUGGAAAAAUACCAGUCCGCUGGACAGCUCCAGAAGCGAUAGCUUUCCGGAAGUUUACGAGCGCUUCUGACGUAUGGAGCAUGGGAAUUGUUUGCUGGGAAGUCAUGUCUUAUGGUGAACGGCCUUAUUGGAACUGGUCUAAUCAAGAUGUUAUUAAAUCAAUCGAAAAAGGAUAUAGAUUACCGGCACCAAUGGAUUGUCCAGAAGCUAUUUAUCAAUUGAUGCUUGAUUGUUGGCAAAAGGAAAGAACUCAUAGGCCAUCUUUUUCAAACCUUGCGCAAACUCUUGAUAAAUUAAUCAGAAAUCCUGAUUCUUUGAGAAAAAUUGCACAAAACAGGACUGUUAAUCCUCUAUCAACUGAUGCUGUAGAUUUAACGCAGAUGCAAUCAGUUUCUGAAUGGCUUGAAUCUUUAAAAAUGACUCGUUAUGCCGAUAGUUUUGAACAAGCAGGAAUAAUGAGUUUAGAAUCAGUGGCAAGAAUAAGUGUACAAGAAUUAACAGCGCUUGGAAUUACACUUGUCGGGCAUCAAAAAAAAAUUAUGAAUAGCAUUACAGCAUUGAGAACUCAAUUUGCAGCAAAUACACAAGGAUUUUUAGUUUGAUAGUAUUAAAACAGAAAUGUUUCGAACUUUAUUUAAUUUUAGCAUUUACUUAAUCAUUCCUGAAAAUACUCUUCAAUAUCAUUAUUAGUUGACUAUCAACCUAGUUGUGAGAAAUAUUAAAAAUAUCAAUGUAUUUUUAUCCUUACCAAAUAAUUAUUUUCAUAAGUUAAAUUACUCAUAUAUAGAAGACAAUGAAAAUUGAAAAAUCAAUUUAAGCUAAAUUUUUAUAGUGUGCCAUUAUUAAAAGUUAAUAUUACUUCAUGCAACGGAUGAGUAUGUGAUUUUUUUGCAAAACAAGAAGUUAUAGCACGAGUCAAAGGCGAAUGUUGUUACGAGUUUUGCAAGAAAAAACGUAUCGAAUCAAGUUACAUAUAA